CUCGGGUCUGUGUUGGAGCGGAGUUGUGCUCGGCUGUGAUGCCACUCGCUGCUGACUUGAGAGACGGGGAGGGCAGAGCGCGGCGUGCAGUCUCCCCUCCAGCCCUGCGGAAUUGUGCAGCCCGCUGAGCCACGCGGGAGCCAAGUGGGGAUGCGGUGCCUCUAAUCCAGAUUCGGCGAGGACUCAGCGAAGGCACGGACAAUGUUCGGGCAGCGGCUAUAACGUGCGAGAUCUUACACCGCCGCCACCGCCGCCAUAAUGGAGCUGUUGGGAACGUCACGCCUUCGAUGGUGCCGCUGGGUGGAGGCGACGUCGUUCGUGCGUGUGGCGCUGGUGCUCGGCGCCAUGGCGGUCACGCCGGGGGACACGCACGACGGCUCGUGCUCGCGCAAGGAGCACCCGCGCACGGCACACCAAGAUCUGGCUCCGUGGCUGCACGAGUUCACCUUCCCCGCUGCCCUCAACUACUCCCAGUUGACGAUCGACUCUGCCCGCGCCCAGCUCAUUGUGGGGGCCAGGAACUAUCUGUUCAGACUCAGCCUGGCCAACCUCUCCUUAAUUCAGGCGAGCGAGUGGGGCUGUGACGAGACGACCAGGAGGUCCUGCUACAGCAAGGGCAAGUCGGAGGAGGAGUGCCAGAACUACAUCCGUGUGCUGCUGGUGCGAGGAAACCGGCUGCUGGCGUGUGGCACCAAUGCUUUCACGCCUCUGUGCACCAACCGCACCCUGGGGAACCUCAACCGUGUGUGGGAGACGCUGAACGGCGUCGCGCGCUGCCCCUUCGACCCACAACACAGCGCGGCCACGCUGCUCACGGCGCGCGGGGAGCUCUACGCCGCCACCGCCGUGGACUUCGCAGGGCGUGACCCGGCCAUCUACCGCAGUCUGGGCGGCCUCCCCACCCUGCGCACCGCGCAGUACAACUCGCGCUGGCUCAACGAGCCGAGCUUCGUGCUGGCGUGGGAGGCAGGCGGCUUCGUGUACGUGGCGUUCCGCGAGGUCGCCGUCGAGCAGGAGUGCGGGCGGCGAGUCGUGUCGCGCGUCGCCCGCGUCUGCGCCAACGACCUGGGUGGCCGCUUCCUGUUGGAGGACACGUGGACCACGUACAUGAAGGCACGACUCGAGUGCUCGGGGACCCUGGGUUCCGCUUCGCCCGGGUCCGCGGCCGGUGCCGCUCCCGCCCAGGACGUGGUCGACUUCCCGGAGCUCCAGAGCGCCGUGUUCGUGCCCGAGGCCGGACUCCUGUAUGGGGUGUUCACCACCGCGGGGAGCGGGCCAGUGGCCUCUGCCGUGUGCGUCUACAACAUGAGCGACGUCAGAGAGACGUUCAACGGCCCAUUCAAGUUCCAGGAGUCGCCGCGCACGGCCUGGCUGCCCCAUCCCAAUCCCAACCCCAACUUCCAGUGUGACACGGUGCCGGACGGCUCCACCGCUAACCUCACGGUGCGAAGCCUCGUGGACGCGCAGCGCCUGUUGCUCAUGGCGGAGCCCGUGACCCCGGGCGGGGGUCGGGCACUGCUCGCCCGCCAUGGCUCGCGAUUCACGCGCCUCGCCAUCGACUCGUCGGCGCGGGGCCGCGGCGGGGUGGUGCACCGCUUGCUGUUCGUGGCCACAGACGAGGGCACGGUGCAGAAGGUGGCGGCCGCCUCGGGCUGCGUGAUUGACGAGAUGGAGCUGCCCUGGCCCGCCGCGCGGCAGCGUGUCCGGGCGCUGCACGUGUCCCCUGGCGACGGGGCACUCUACGUGGGCACCGACGGUGCCGUGCUCAAGCUGCCCCUGGAGCGCUGCUCCGCUUUCCGCACGGAGAGCACAUGUGUUGGCUCGCGGGACCCGUUCUGUGGCUGGGACCUGACCCUGAGACGCUGCACCACCCUGAGGGAGAGCUCCGGCUCCGAGUCUUGGCUGCAGGACCUCUCCCAGUGCCCGGUGCGGAAUCUGACGGUGGACGGCGCGCUGGGGCCGUGGUCGGCGUGGGAGACGUGCCAGCACUCGGACGGCGGGGAGACGGGCGGCGGCUCCUGCCUUUGCCGCCGCCGAGCGUGCGACACGCCCGUGCCGCAGUGUGCGGGGCGGCCUUGUGACGGCGCCACCGUGCAGGUGGCCAACUGCUCCAGGAACGGAGGCUGGACGCCGUGGUCAGCCUGGUCAGUGUGCACCACCACCUGCUCCAUGGGCUUCCAGGUGCGGCAGCGCUCAUGCAGCAACCCCAGCCCGCGGCACGGAGGCCGCGUGUGCGUGGGGCAGAACCGUGAGGAGAGGUUCUGUAACGAGCACACGCGCUGCCCUGUGCCGGCAACGUGGUCCCCGUGGGGGCCGUGGGAGCGCUGCAGUGCGCCGUGCGGCGGGGGCGUGCGCACGCGCAGACGAACAUGCGCCAACGCCAACGCCAACGCCGCCAACGGGGAAGCCUGCGCCGGGUGCGACACGGAGCACCAGGCCUGCCACAGCGACCCGUGCCCUGAGGCGAGAAAAAACACUCCGUGGACUCCCUGGCUGCCGGUGCCAGCCGCUGGGAACAGCACGGGGCAGCAGCAGCAGCGUGGGGCCGCGGGACGACACGAGCAGCGCUUCCGCUACACGUGCCGCGCGCGCCUCCCCGACCCCGACGCGCUCGACGUUGCGCGCAGGAAGGUGGAGAUGAGAUUCUGCACCGCCGGCACCAACGAGUGCAGCAUGGACGUGGAGGGGCCCAGGCAGACCGGAGAAGCGAGUGCCGCCUGGGCGCCGUGGGCCACCUGGUCACCGUGCUCGCGCGAGUGCGGCCGCGGCUUCCGCAGUCGCAACCGGCUGUGCGUGAGCGCCGGAGGGAGCAGCCUGAACCUCCAGCACCAGCAGCAGCCGCCCUCCUGCCCCGGCUCCCCGUCGGAGUUCCAGGAGUGCAACCCGCAUCCCUGCCCUGUGAAUGGCGGCUGGUCGUGCUGGGCGUCCUGGUCCACGUGCUCGGCCACGUGCGGCGGCGGCCACCGGCAGCGAGGGCGCGUCUGCAACGAGCCGGUGCCGUCGCACGGAGGAGACAUCUGCCUGGGGCUGCACACCGAGGAGUCGCUGUGCAACACGCAGCCCUGCACCGCCGGCUGGGGGGAGUGGAGCGAGUGGAGCGAGUGCGACACGGUUGGACGGCGCCAGCGCUCGCGUCUCUGCUCCGUGCCCUUCCCCGACACGGAGCGCUGCUAUGGGAACAGCACGGAGACGUCUGUGUGCCCGCAGCAUCCCAAUGCCAUUGAAAUACCAGUCAACGUUGCGUACUCAACGAAAGAAAGCAAAAGGUCAUGUGGAGAGUUCCACAUGGUGCACCUGGUGGCGGCCGGCGUGGGCUCGGGCCUGCUCGGGUGCGUGGUGUCAGCGCUGCUCCUGGCGGCCGUGGGCCGGUGCCGGCGGCCGCACGCACCCCAAUCACUCGAGCACCAGCCUCGCCCGCCACGCGGCGGGCAGCGCCACAGCCUUCCUCUCAACCCCUCGCUCAGCCCCACGCUCGGCAAGGUGGACAAAUACGACUCGAUCGACGCCAUCAAGGUUCUCAACAAAAACUAUCUGAUCAACGAGGAGAAGACAAAGUGCAUCAAUUCCCACGUGCAGACGACAACAACCAAGACUUUUUCCAACACGCUCUACACGGACGUCAACAAAUAUGAGGACUAUUGAGCGGGCACCACGAGCCGCGGAAUGACACCGCGAGCCAGGGAGCCAGCACAGGCCGAGGCCACACCUCGUUACCCAGUGGAGCCAUCUCGUGGGAACGUGGCCGAGGCUCAGCCCCUCACGACGAGCAGCAGAUGCGACACUUCAAUUAGGACGCCAAGUGACGAAAGGUUCUUGCUUUGGCAACAGAAUCUUGAUGAGAAGUACAAACUUGGCGCGACAGUUUCCAGACUUUGAGGCGAUUGCUUGGCGUUGGAGGCAUUGACUUCAAGUGGCUGUGCUUAGCUGCGUUGCUCCAUGUCCAGUGAGAGGCUGGCUUGUUCUCUCUCCCGAGCACAACGUGCCAAAUAAAGGAGGGCUGCGUUCAUUGGAUAUUCAUGUAUCGCUCGGAACUGAUCAUAAAGUCCAGCACCUGACACCUGCCCCCUUUUAAAUGUUGCUGGUGAAAGAAGAGGAGAAUAAAAGCACGAAUGAGCAGGCGAAGAUGAAACACACAACGCGACGUGAUGCAGAUGUAACAACUUUCUUUUUUUGUGUUUUAUGUAAAUAAAAGCAUUGUCACGAUGGACACAGAACUAACCGCCAUGAGUUAAAACAAUACGGAAUUACUUGGCACUUAAACCACUGCAGUCACUGUAAGCAGAUAUGUACAAUACUCUACUGAUUUUUUUUUAUAUAUAUGUAACUGAACAUAGCAUUCACUUUACCUUGAGAAAAUUAGGAUGAUCCUGGCUGUCAUAAGCAAGACUUUAAUAGAGCAAAACACAUUCCUGCGGAGGGAGCUGGUAGGAACGUUGGGUUGCUUGGUCAAUGGCUGCGUGGUGUAUUCCGCAAAUAUGCCCGACUGUGAGGGCGGCGCAAGCCGGCGUGAGUAGGUUAAACGUUGAGUUUUAUAAGGGCACCACGGGGUGACCAGCCGCUUGCCACCCAGCCCCACCCUCCCCACCCAGCCCCUCCCCACCCUUCCCACCCAGCCCUUCCCUGCACGACAGACACAAUAAUCCCAUGUGGGCUGGUGUAACCAGGAGGUUCCUACCAGUAAAACGAAAUCGUAGUAUGCUUCGUUGGCUUUAUUUCGGCAAAAAUGCUCACUUACAGGUCAGCUGUGACUUAACUCUUCAUGGCUGCUCCGGCUAGCUGACCUGCAACUGAGCAUCUAAUAAUUUCGCUGAAUGAAUACGAAAUAAGCAACUGUCUGUUUCAGCGAAAAACGGUGCUGUUCAGGUUCACUGUGACAAAAUGUCGAUGGCACUCGACUCAUCUUAUUCUGUCUUUUAAGUGAAGUCUGCGAAGAGACAUGAAGGCAACCAGAUAUAGGACACGAGGAGGUGUGCCCAUCAAGCACAUCACGUGAACCAUAGCAACAUCUCCAUCACAGCGGUGUCUAUUGUAGCAAUCGCAACAGUGAAUGUGUGUUAUCGUCCAGUUGAAUGCGAUUGGAGCUCGCAAGAGUUACAUCACUGGUCCUGGGUUAAACAACGUGUCUAUGCGCUUUGGAGAGUGACCACGUGUGAUGAGAACCAUUUUUUAUCCAUGGAAAGUGUACCGCAGAGAAGGCAAUCAUUUGCUUGGAUGCUAUCACAAUGGAUGUGCAAGCUGAUGGUGAGAGAGUUGCUGGACAGGCCUCCUGUGGGCCCACGGUCCAGUAAAAUUAACGCUUUCACAAGGUGCUUGGUGCGUCUCCAAAAUCAUGUGUAAAGUUGCUUUGCCUUUUUCGCAGGUUUCCGUCUGUUAAGAUUGUGCAUUGCCAACACAGAAUAUCCCGAUUGCGUGCAAGCUGCUACACUUGAAGUCUUUUAACAGGAAAGCAAGGUUUUCUUUUUGUAUUUCAGUUUUUUUUUCAAUGCUGCUUCAGCUUCCCUUAACCCCCCCCCCCCCCCCCCCCCCAUGUGGUAUUUAUCCAGCGUUGUGUGUUUAUACCGACGAGAAGAAUAUGACAACCCUUGCACGUGUCAGCGAGCGUCGUCUUCGCUGAAGUCCACGUGUGCGCGGCGUGCGAGAACGCAACUCAAUGCAGGCGUGUGGCGUGGCGCGUGUGGUUUCGGUCCGGCUCAACUGGACAAACACACAAAAAAACGACGACGACGACGACCUCCCGGGAAGUUGUGUGGUUUUUUUUUGUGCGCGUGACUGGCAGGUUGCUCAUUUGUGCGUCGAAUCAUCGCAAGCACGGCAGCCUGCUGAGCACCUCGCGGUUCGCGCAGCCAACGCGUGCCACGGUCGUCGUGCGAUUUCGAGUCGGGAGUGGAGAGAUUUUUGUUUUCUUUGUGUUGUUGUUUAAACAGCCUCCCGCGUGGUGAUCCUGAGCCAUACCGACACACGAAUCUCAUCUCGUUUCAAAAACGACAUUGACACUGCUGCAUCCAGAGUAGCAGGUGAUGAAACGCUUUGUUAUUGUGAAGCCGACAUCUGGAAGCAGAGUGCAUUUGCACUCGGGUUGCCGUGCGAAUGAAAAAUCGGAUUAUGCGUAAGGCGCGGGUCACGCGACCAGCACUGGUACAUUCCAUGAUGUUUUAGUCGGAGAUGAAACGUGAAAUAAUUGGUCUAUUGUUGUCUUAAUGAAUUGGCCAAACCAAGGUUAGAUUUUUUUUAAAUGGCAAUUGCCGCUAAUGAAUUGAUAACUGUACAAUUACAGCUCGCGUAAGUUUACGAAUUAUUGGUUUUGUUGGCUGGUAAAAAUGUGACAUUGUACGAGACAAUUAACUGCGUCGUCUCUGAUGGGGCGUGAAACCACAUCUGUUUUGCGUUGGAACUGUCCGUCGACUGCUUGCAGUGGAUGGAGACGCUGGCAGUGCGGAGUCUGGAUUGAUGAAGCCUGUGUGUGUUGGUUUGUAUCACUGUUGAGACAGCUCAUUACCACAUCAUUAUUUUCUUCACAGACCAUCCAUAUUCCUGAGUGUGGUGCUAUUUGCACAAUUGCUCUGGCUAUCAUGUUGUCAUCUCCAAUAAAAUGUCACCACAGAAAGGAUCUGUAACUUAAAUCUAACGUUUGAUUUACAGUCACGUGUCACAUAGCCGUGUUUCUAAAUGCAUGGUAAUGUAAUUUCCAGACUCAAUGUUGGUAGAUUUUGUUUGAGCUUUUUCUGACCAGGGUGGCCGGGUAAGCCGAGCGGCACGUGACGUAGCCACCAGAUAAAUGUUGCAUAUUGGGGGUUUAAAUCCUGCCGAUAGUUGUUUCUGUAUUAAAUGACCAAAUGGCACAUUUUUCCUGUGACAGCAUAGCAACACCAUUGUAUCGUGUUGCCAUAGCUAAUAUCUCACUUGUGAAAAAUUGUCCAUGCUAAUGUAAUGAUCAGUUAUCCUUUGCAAGACAGCUUUUUGACGGCUUCUCACUUGGUUAGAGACCUGUGGUAUCAAACAAGCGGAGCCCAUUCAUCACCAUUAUUGCGUCACUUUUUUUAAAAGACCUGUUGUGUUCUGACUUUAAGACCUGGGGCUCAGUCCUGCUCACGGCAGCUUGACCGAGGCACAAAAUAAAUAAGCAGGAUUGUCCCCAACAUGUGUUCGUCAUGGUUUAAAAUGUAGCUCCAGCAUAUUACUGCCUUGUUUGUGAAUAGUGUAUUCGCAAUGCCCUGUUGUAUUAUUUCUUACUUGUACAGUGUAAAGAAAACGUUUUUUUACGAAAAUUAAAAUGACAUUAGCCUCACUGGACUAAAAUAAACUCUUAACAGAAAACC